AUGCAUGGGAAGGUCUGUGAGGAGAGGAGGAAGAAAGGUCGUAAUCGUCGGCAUAUGUUUAGACCUCCUUCGCGUGUAAUUUCAAGCUUGGAGGCUUCUGGUUCUUCGUCUCUAUCUCUUUCUUCAUCUUCUUCGUUUUCUAAGGAUGGGCGCAGGAUUAGCGUUGGUGACUGUGCUCUGUUUAAACCACCUCAGGAUUGUCCACCUUUCAUUGGUUUGAUUCGUUUGGUCAUUCCUGAAAAAGAAGGCAAGUUUAAGCUGCGUGUGAAUUGGUUGUAUCGACCCGCAGAGUUAAAACUUGGCAAAGGCAUCCUUUUGGAAGCUCAGCCGAACGAAAUCUUUUAUUCCUUUCACGAGGAUGAGAUACCGGCUGCAUCCUUACUGCAUCCGUGUAAAGUUACCUUUCUUCGAAGAGGCGUUGAAUUGCCAUCUGGAAUCUCAUCAUUUGUGUGUUGGCGAGUUUAUGAUGUUAUGAAUGAAUGCAUAUGGUGGCUGACUGAUCAAAACUAUAUCGAUGAACGACAGCAAGAAGUAGAUAAGUUGUUGUGUAAGACUCGUUCCAAAAUGCAUACGACAUUACAGCCGGGUGGUCGUUCUCCUAGGUCAAUGAAUAGUCCGACAACAUCGCAAGUGAAAGCCGGAACAGACAGCAUGCAGAACAGUAACUCCUUUUCUUCACAGGGUAAGGGAAGGAAGAGAGAGCGUGCUGAUCAGGGUUCUGAAUCUGUGAAAAGGGAACGUUCAAGUCGGACUGAUGAUAGUGGUUCUGGUUUUCUAAGAACAGAAAGCAAUUUGAAAUCUGAGAUUGCAAAAAUUACGGAUAAAGGCGGACUAGUGGACUCUGAAGGGGUUGAGAGAUUGGUGCAGCUCAUGCUACCUGAGAGAAACGAGAAGAAAAUAGAAUUGAUGGGCCGAUCAGUUCUCGCGGGUGUUGUAGCUGCAACAGACAAGUUUGAUUGCCUCAGUCGUUUUGUCCAGCUCAGGGGAUUACCUGUUUUUGAUGAAUGGCUACAGGAAAUUCAUAAAGGGAAAACUGGGGAUGCGAGCAGCCCCAAAGACAAUGAUAAAUCAGUGGACGAAUUUCUAUUGAUCUUACUUCGUGCUCUUGACAAGCUACCUGUGAAUCUCAAUGCUCUUCAGACUUGUAACAUUGGAAAGUCUGUUAAUCAUUUGCGAUCACAUAAGAACUCGGAAAUUGGGAAAAAGGCAAGGAGCUUGGUUGAUACAUGGAAGAAACGUGUUGAGGCAGAAAUGGAUGCGAAGUCUGGAUCCAAUCAGGGUGCAUCUUGGCCUGGAAGACUUCGUCAGUCUGAAGUUUCUCAUGGCGGCAGACAUUCAGGUGGGUCAGUUGAUGCAACCAAGACAUCAGCAUCGCAUCUACAUGCUUCUAAGUCUGUGUCUGUCAAAAUACCUUCAGAGAACAGCAUGAAGUCUGCAACCACAUCUCCAAGCUCUACUAGAUCAGCCCCAACACUUGGAGCAGGUGUUGCUGUUGUAAAUGAUGGGCAACAAAGAAAUACUGGUAUGAUCCAUAGAGAAAUUGGGCUGAGCAGGAGCUUCCCAUCACAAAGAUCUGCAACUUCUGAGAAAGUAUCUCAAUCAACUCUGACAGUGGAAAAGACUCUUGACGUUCCUAUGGCUGAAGGUUGCAGUAAUAAGUUGAUUGUUAAGCUGCCAAACCGUGGUCGCAGUCCGGCACAGAGUGUUAGUGGAGGUUCCUUUGAGGACCCUGCAGCGAGUAAUAGCAGAGCUCCGUCACCUGUUCCCACAGAGAAGCAUGAUCAAUUUGACGGAAACGCGAAAGAAAUGAAUGAUACGUAUCAAACUAAUUCUAGCCCUGAUCCUAAAGCCGAGUCUUCUCAAAACAAUGACCGAAAAAAUCUAUCGACAGUUUCAAAUGAGGUAGCUGGCUCCCCUUCUGUUAUUGCUGGUGAUGAGCACGUCAAGGCUGUUAAUGAUUCUAGUAAACUAGCAGGGAUUGUCAAACCCACUUCUCCUACUUUAGGAGAUGACGUCAAAACUGGAAAAAGGCAUGGUGGAUCACACAGCUCGAUGAAUGCCUUGAUUGAAAGUUGUGUCAGAGACACUGAGGCUAAUGCAUGUGUGGCUGGUGAGGAUGAUGUUGGAAUGAAUCUUCUAGCUACUGUAGCUGCUGAUGAAAUGUCCAAAACCCCUGUUGCAUCACCCUCUGUAUCUCGGGUGUCAGAUUCCUUGAUGAAUUAUAACUCCAUUGCAGAGAACCAUACAACAGGAAUCACAAAUUCUUUGGAUGGCUUGCCAAGCGAGCAAGCUGUAGCUGUUGCGAAGGAUCCCACCAUUGUUGACAGUGAGCAACAUGUCAGUAGUAGUGGUGAGCAGUUGGCGGCGUUAGAAAAUGUGAAUGAGUCUAAGCCGGGAGAUCUUGAUGAGAAUUCUGAUUCAGAAAUUGAAGAAUUGCAAAGGUUGGUGGAUCAGUGCCUAGAGAGCAAUGAAAGUUCAGAUGAUGUUGCUGGUCCAAUUGCUGUGCCCACAACAGGCACUGGGGAAAACAUGUCUGAUGAUGGUGAUAGUGGGGUAGUUAGUGACCUAAAGACUGAUGUUACAUCAGAGACAGAUCUAGUGGCAGAUACAACAAAAAGGACAAGAAACUCUGUCUUUAGUGAAUGUAAAGCCAUCAGCAUAAGUCAAAAUGCAGAUUCGGUGGCUGCUGAACAUUCACACUCUGACAUUGUUGGUGAUAUUAAGAUAGAAGAGAAACCGAAGGUGAUAUUGAGUUCUGAGCUAGUUAAUAAAACGGGUGAAGGUGUAUCAGUUUUGUCAGAGUUUGCCAAGGAUAUGAGUACUCCAAAUGUUGAUAGAUCAAUGACUGAAAAAUUGUCUGAUUGUGGGAUAAUUAACGACCAAAAGGCUGAUGUUACAUCAGUGGCAGAUCACAUUUCAGAUACAGCUGAAAGGGUGGAAACCUCUGUGCCAGCUGAAUGUAAAGAUAUCGACUUAAUUCCUAAAGUAGAUUCUCUGGCUGUUGCCAAUUCACACUGUGAUGUCGUAGGUGAGAAUAAGAAAGAGCAGAAACCCCAGGUAGUCUUGAGUUCUGAGGUAGUUAAAAAAAUAGGUGAAGAUAUACCAGUUUCUUCUGGGUUCUCUAAGGGCAUGACUAUGUAUGUUGAUAGAUUGGUAACAGAAAAGAUCAACGACGUGGGGUUUAACCAUAUAAACCAAUCAGAUAGAAAGAAGAACAAGCGCGUGACAGCUCGUCUGGACGCAUCUACAACUAACGGUGAAGUUGAGCAUGUAGAGGCGUUUCUAAAGAGUCUUGAAGUCGAUAAACGGUGCGCCACUGCGUUAGGUCCUCAAGUAGCAUCACCUAAAGUUGCAGAAGAUUGUAGGAGACCAAAUGGGUCUAGAGUGAGUGGUGCUGAUGGAGAUGAAGCAGAGGAAUGUACAUCUGUUGCCAGAGAUGUUCCUUCAGUUUCAGCUUCAGCAGGGUCAGAGAUGGAUGCCAGAGUUGAAUUUGACCUAAAUGAAGGUUUUAAUGGGGAUGAUACACGAAAUGGGAAUUUAAAUAACUUCUCUGGAUCUUUGGCUUUGGCACCUACUCCUUUACUACCCUGUCGACUUCCUGCAUCCAUUACCGUUGCUGCUGCUGCAAAAGGUGCGUUUGUUCCACGUGACGAUCUGUUGAGAAAUAAAGCGACCGUUGGCUGGAGAGGAUCCGCUGCCACUAGCGCCUUCAGGCCAGCAGAGCCAAGGAAAGCCCAGGAGGUGGUGCCACUAGGCAUGAAUAAUGUGUCGUCCUCUGAUGCUUCUACAACUGCUGGCAAGCAAACGAAGACAUUCUUGGACUUUGACCUAAAUGUACCUGAUGAGAGAGUUCUUGAAGAUCUGGCUUCCCAAAGAUCUGCCAAUCCCACAAAUUCCUCUGGUUGCCUGGAUCUUGAUCUAAACAAAGUUGAUGAUCCAACUGAUAUGAAUAAUUACACAAUAAGCAGCAGUCAUCGGGCAGACUCAUCUUUUCAGCAGGCGAACUUAUCUUCUGGUGGUCGUAGAGAUUUUGAUUUAAAUGAUGGACCCGCUGUUGAUGAUGUGAAUGUUGAGUCAUCUAUGGUUUUUAGUCAACAUUCUCGAAGUGGCUUGGCAUCACAGCCAAUGAUCUCUGGAAUAAGGAUGAAUGGUGAGAACAUUGCUGCUGGCUUCUCAUCUUGGUUUCCUGCUGCGAACAAUUAUGCAGCAAUGAGUAUUCCUCAAGUCUUGCCUGAACGAGGCAAUCAGCCUUUUCCAGUUAUUACCAGCAAUGGACUGCAGAGAAUGAUAGGUCCAACAUCCGGGGUUUCCUCAUUUACACCUGAUAUGUACGGAGGCCCAGUUUUGCUGUCUUCACCGGCAGUUUCAUACCCGCCCACAGCGUUUCAGUAUCCUGGGUUUCCUUUUGGAACCAGCUUUCCUCUUUCCUCAGCAAACUUUUCAGGUGCUUCGACACCAUACAUGGACUCUUCAACAAGUGGCAGGCUUUGUUUUCCUCCUGUCAACUCUCAAAUAUUAGGUCCAGGAGUUGCCAUCCCAUCUAAUUAUCCAAGGCCUUAUGUCGUUAACCUCCCAAAUGGAAGUAGCAAUGGUGUAGUUCCGGACAACAACAGUGCAAAAUGGUUUAGAUCAGGUCUUGACUUGAAUUCCGGACCAGGAGGGCAUGAGACUGAUGGGAGAGAGGAAGCGACACUUGUACAAAGACAAGUAUCUUCCUCUGGUUCUUUACCUUCGAAAGAUGAUCAAGCAAGAAUGUAUCAAAUGUCAGGAGGUGCUCUCAAGAGGAAAGAACCAGACGGUGGAUGGGAUGGAUACAAGCAAUCCUCAUGGCAAUAA